AUGGAGCUUCUAUUCCCUCCGCCAAACAAAUCUGGGUUAUUUAGAGAGAACCGAAAAUUUUCAACAGAUGCCAAAAUUUCGUCAAAUAACUCGUCGAAGACAAAUGGGGUUCUUUCCAUUUUUGACAUGAUAUUUCGAGGAAAUUCUAAUAGAGAUGUCCAAAUUAAUCAAGAAAAAAUCCAAAAAGAAGGCCUCAUUACCCGAACAUUUCUUCAAACAGUAAAUGAAACUCUUCCCGAAAUUUCUGAUAAACAAAGUGAUAAACAGCCUACAAUUCCUUUCUCUCAACAUGGAUUGCGUUCAAUUAAUAUUUUACAAAGAAAAAUGCCUAAAGUUUCAGAAAAAGAAAAAGGUAAAUGUUAA